CAGAUGCGACGAUCAUUGGUUCCUGUUCUACUAUUGACAACAGUAGCACUGUCGUCAAGCAACGUACUUCCAUUGGUGUCCAUAAAUAAAAUAGAUGCCGAACAACUUGGCUUGGGGAGCCGACAAGAUGACAAUAUAUUUAGUUUUAGAAAUCACCCUAGAAAUAUUCUGAAUGAUAUAUUUUAUACAGUAUCAAUCGCUACGUCGCAGAAUGGCAAACAAAAUAAAGUUCAAAAGCUACCACAACUGCAGUAUGUUGACAAUAAUCAGAUGAAUGACGAGCCAAUCAAAUCGAAUAAAAAAGACAAGUAUAAUGGAGAAGGAUACCGGAAAGAACAAUGGCAUAACUAUCCCCGUCAGUUAGAUCGCCUACACAAGUAUCUUUACGAACAUCAUAAUGCGGAUAAGAGAAAUCCUGACCCUGACGAUCCCAACGCAACUGAAGAUUAUGCUGACGGACCUGUGCAAGAAAACUCGAAUGAAGUAAAAGCCAACGAAUUGCAAACCAUCUCUAACGACGACUUAAAAAAUGAAUACGACGCAGUAGUAGCUGUUGCUAACCCCUUUUUAAUUUUUAAAAUUCGAUUAGCAUGUUUGAAUAGUAACUUAAAAGAUAAUAAUGUUAAUAAAUACUCUGAAAUAGCGGCAUCAGACCCAGAGUACAUACCGGGAAACAGAGAUGAAGAAAACUACAUAGAGAAUGAAAUCAACCCCCAGAACAGCGUAACUAAAGUAAAACGAGAAGAGAUGGCUCCACAAAUCACACAAGUCUCAGAAAGCAACAUGACCAAGAACCGUGCUGUAAAGAAGAGGAUAUUCUCCCUGUGGAGUCGACUCCAGAGCUUCAACCACAAAGGCCACGAGUUGCAACACAGACGACACCUCCAUGCGUUCUACGGGCUACCAGACGGUGGUGACACCGGGGGAGUGCUGACUGCAGAGACCCGGGCCACCUUCUUGAGACCACCAGGUUCACCGUUACGGUGGGGCUAGGUCUAAGCCCGGCUGUUUUUUUUUAAUAUUUAUUUACCAUAUUAUGUGACGACAUGGAUGAAACACAGUCAUCAAUUUGGGCGACGAUUUAGUCUAUCGGCUUUUUUUUAGAAUUUAGGUCUUUUGUAACUUCAUCUGUUCCGGUGUAAGUAGGUACUUACGUUUUGGGGCAACGAAAUUUUCACGUUUAAUCUGAAACCAUAUUUUUAGAGUUCAACAUCAUGGUCAUCAUUUAAUAAAUUAUGAUUAUUACUGGCAACCAAAAAUACAAUUUACCUAACUCUAAAGUUACAAUAAAAAUUUGAGAGAGAAUUUUUAUGAGCAAUUUGAUGAUUGUGUUUUCAUGUAUGAAAAUGAUUUGUUGAGUCAUGACCACGCCAGUAAUUGCAUGCGAAAAAGUAAUAAUGUCAGAACUGAUAAGGUUUUAAAAUAAAGACGUACAAGUAAUAGAUAAAUCCAGCAAGACCACAAAUUAAGGUUGUAACAGAACUACGGGUUUUCGUCAAUGAUAAAUGGAGGCUCUAUGCGAUUUGUAUGGUGUGGUUGUCUAUACCGUAAAGUAUUAGUGAUUGACGAAGCUGAAUAGUACAAUAAAAUGACCAAACAUCAAAUCGUCUAUAAUUUAGAUGCGUGUUUACUUAGUAGUUCGACGAUAAUUUUAUUGAAUGUUUUUACAUUACUAAAUUGGUAAUAGAUAUUUGCUCUAAUAUUAUACGCAAUACUAUGAUAUAUUAGACAUAAGUACUGACUGUCGCAAUACUUACAUUAAUGUGCGUAUAAAUAUUGAUGCUUGAAGUAUUUAUUAUGUAAGAAGUAAUGAAAAUCCAUAGAGAUUAAUAAUACUUCCACGCCUAUUGUGUCUAUAACGUUUCCUAGUGAAAUAUUCUAACC